AUGCACCCAAUACUCCCCGACGAUACAGUAUCCUCGCCAGUUAUCCUCAGCAUGUCUAGUGAAGAGCCCGAAACCUUAUUUCUUGGUUGCGAUACACGGAAGGCGAUUCUAUUACGCGAAGAAGUACCUAGUUCACUGGUCAGGUAUACCAGCGCACAGCUUGAAAAAGACGACACAACCACAGGCUCCCAAAAGACUAUGGAUCUGCUACGCACAUGGCUCGAAAUGUGCAUCGCAAACCACCCGGAUUGUACCAAGUAUUGCAGUCAGAAAAGCUCGACGCCCCCAACUAGAGUCUUGGACGUAGGGUCCAAGGGGACGGCUGACGAUCCGAAGUUGUUCGUGUCAAAUGGCAUCAACGCUCCGUAUCUUGCUUUGAGUCACUGUUGGGGAAAGUCCCCUAUUCCAACUACCACGACAGCUAACAUAGCCGAAAGACAGACGGGGAUACCUUUCGGCAUUCUGCCAAAGAAUUUCCAAGAUGCAAUCGUAGUGGCUCGUUUGUUGUCUAUUCGAUAUCUCUGGAUCGAUUCCCUGUGCAUCGUCCAAGACAGUAAACAGGACUGGGACAUCGAGUCCGCUCGAAUGGCGGCCGUCUACAAAAACGCGGUAUGCACGCUCGCUGCUGCAGGCUCAGCUGAUCCCAGUGGAGGACUCUUUGGCAUUCGUGAUCCUAGGGUCAACCGACCGUGUUGGCUGCCCAUUCCUACUGAAAACGGAAGUGAAGGAGUCGAAACGAACACGCAAGGCUCGUUCUGGUGCCAGCCUGGGUUGAGGCCGAACGGGCCCCUUUACACUCGAGCUUGGGUUCUCCAGGAACAAGCCCUUUCCGGAAGAAUGGUCUCUUUUUCUGCGAAUAGGAUUUUCUGGGAUUGCCUUGAGGCGUCUAGGUCUGAAUUAAAGCUUUCCUCAAGUGCCGUUGAAGGGCCGACGGGCGAAGCGUUGAUCAAGUUCAAGAGAUUAACGGCGCAAAUCGACUCUCCAUCAUCUCCGGAGGAUGCCACUUCAUCAUCUCCGGAGGAUGCCACUUCAUCAUCUCCGGAGGAUGCCACUUCAUCAUCUCCGGAGGAUGCCAUUUCAUCAUCUCCGGAAGAUGCCACUGUAUUACCGGGCUUCAAGGAUGCGGGGUAUACAACAUGGUACGACAUAUUGCACUCAUACAUGGAUCGAAAGGUUACAUAUAAUACCGACAGACUGCCGGCAAUAUCAGCUGUGGCACAGGAAAUGAGCCAGAUCUUGGACGACCAAUAUUAUGCGGGCAUCUGGCGCGGCGAUUUGAUUGUAGGCCUGCUCUGGUGCUGCUACUCCAAGGACUGGAGCAGAAUUAAGCCGCCACUCAAGUAUGUCGCACCGUCCUGGUCAUGGGCCUCGAUACAGAGUGGACUCUCCUGUUCCCGUGAUUUUCGAGCAAUACCCGAGGAGGGAGACCCACGCAGUUUUAAAGGCGGAUCGAGCGGGGAUUCCGAGAGAGAUUACGCUGAGUUGGAGAUUUUAGAGAUCAAUACUUCGCCUUCUGGACCAAGCACCUUUGGCAGUCUCGCCUCCGGGAGCGUCAGUUUAAAGUGUUGGAUUAAAUUUGCAGUCCUGAGCAUAACCUCCGGGGCCAACAACCUCCUUGAGACCGACUCAGGCCUUCAAAUUGGAGGGUUCAUCGCCGAUGAGCCCCUUAGAGAUGAUAUGCAAGGCAGGGAAUUGUGGUGCCUGCUGGCUGGUUGGCAUGAGGACUUUCCGGAUAUGUCAACCUGCCUGAUUUUAUUGCCUACAGGAUUUGCCGUUGACGAAUGUCGGCGAAUUGGAGUUGGGGGCGUCGCAGAGCAGUCUUGGGAUACCGUUACAGAGAUGAGGCGCGUCGUUAUUGUUUAA